AUGGAGCCCAGAAAAAGCCAAGAGGUCAUAAUCUCUGGCAGCAGCGUCCUGGGCCGAUUAUCAGAAACAUUUCUGCAGCAAGGGGGAGAUCUUGAACGCGCAUUAAAUUCAAUAAAGAGCGAAAACAAAGACGUGUACAUUCCCAGCUAUGACUCCUUCCAACGCCAGGGAUGGGACGGCUUGUUCUUGCUCCCAGAGUCCCGCAAGGGCAACCUAAACGGCUGUCACAAGUGCAAGAACAGCAAUGGCACUUCACAAACUGCUGAUGCAGGAUCAAAAAAGGCUCAGGUUCCCCUGGAAUCUCUAGAAAAGAUAUUGUCUCCUCCACCUGCCUUCUUUCAAAGCCAUCUGGCCGGCGAGCUCCCCUCCGUCCUACACGCAAUCGGUUGUACGCCGCUGGUUCGGCUUUCUCGCGUGGCUCUGGCAAUGGGUGUGUCGUGUCAGUUGCUGGGCAAGUGUGAGUUCUUGAGCGCGGGGGGAAGCACGAAGGACAGGAUCGCGCGGGGCAUGAUCUAUGCAGCUGAAGCUGGAGGUCGUCUGGCUCCUGGGGCGGCGCUCAUAGAGCCGACGAGCGGCAACACGGGCAUCGGUUUGGCUAUGGUUUCUGCAGUGAAGGGAUAUCGAUCUGUGGCGGUGAUGCCGAUGAAGAUGUCUGCAGAGAAACACCGCAUCAUGAAGGCCCUGGGCUCUACAAUUCUACGCACGCCCACGGCAGCGGCUUGGGAUGACCAAACUUCCCACAUUGCGCUUUCCCUUCGCCUGCAAGCAGCACUACAGGCACAGCAGCAGCUUGACGCUGAUAGCAGCAGCAGAUGCCCAAUACCUGGAAAGGCUCCCACUGCAGGGAAUGCCUGUUCGGCGCCUCAGCAGGCAUGCAAAAGCCACCCGCAGGUUGCGUGCAUCCUUGACCAGUACAGAAACCCCGCUAACCCAUUGUCUCACUUUUUUGGAACAGGGGCGGAACUGCUGGCGCAGAGCGGCGGCGCGCUGGACAUGGUUGUAAUUUGUGCAGGGACUGGGGGCAGUCUCACGGGCGUUGGGCGCCGAGUGAAAGCUGCAGCUCCCCACUGCAUCAUCGUUGGCGUUGACCCCGAGGGGUCUGUGCUCGCGAAUCCGUGCGAGGCUGCGGGAACGCCUUACAUCGUUGAAGGCAUUGGGUACGACUUUGUGCCCACAGUCUUAGACCGACAGACAGCAGACUGCUGGGUUAAAACUACCGAUUCAGAAAGCCUUCUCUGCUCGCGUUUGCUUCUCAAAACAGAAGGGCUGCUUGUUGGAGGCUCGGCAGGCGCAGCACUUGCUGGGGCCAUCAAGGCCAUCGAACACUUUGGUUGGACAGACGAUCCAAACAAACGCGUCGCACUCAUUUUGCCAGACAGCAGCCGCAACUACACUUCUAAAUUCAUUUCCGACGAAUGGAUGGUGGCCAAAGGCUUCCUCGACGCGAGUGUGCUGGAUAGACAGUACAAUGACUUGGGCCUUGUUGGCCUUCGAUCGUUGCAUUUGCCUCCUCUGACUUUUAUAUCAUCGGCUGCGUAUUUGAAAGAGGCCACCGCUGCACUGCUGCAGUCUGCGCAACCUUUGCUGGUUGUGGUGAAGCCCAACGCCGUAGCAGAAGCACAGAAAAGAGGGAGAGUGGCUGCUGCAGCUCUCGUGGGCACGGUUACAGACCAAUCGCUCUUGAAGGCGUUGGGAGACCUCCCCAGCAGCGCAGAAGUGAACGACGUUGUUGACAUGGAAACCCCCGUUUUUAGCAGUACAGGCACCUCGCUGGCGCGCGUUGCACAGACUCUCGAAGUGCAUCGCUUUGUCCUCGUUCAAUCUGAAGCAGGACUUGUUUAUGCCGCCGUCGAGGCGAAAGGACUGCUCCAUACUUUUUUUGGAAGCCAACAAAAUGGAAGAAGCCCAGAGUAA